CGAUGGAACCGAAAAAUGCAUAAAAAGAUGUGGAAUCAUAUCGUUAAACUUGAAUGUAUAUCGACAGAAAUGUUUGAAAGCAAAUUCGACAUGAAGACUCUUUUUGUUUUGUUUGUUUUGGUUGGAAUUGCAUCAUGCAUGAAUGUGCGUUACGGCCCAUGCGCCAAAGGCUCAGCAAAAAUAACUGCUGUUUCUAUCGAGCCGUGCACAAAACUGCCAUGUAUCUUACAUCGAGGUGCAAGCUCAGCAAUUUCUAUUAAAUUUACUCCAACUGUCGACAUCGAAUCCUUGAAAACCGUUGUCAAUGGAAGAAUUGGAUUUUGGGUGCCAUUCCCCUUGGAUCAAACGGAUGCAUGCAAAGGUAGUGUUUCAUGUCCUUUAAAGGCUGGACAAGAAUAUACAUACAAACUCUCACUUCCAAUUAAAAGAUUCUACCCUAAGCUCAGCGUUGUUGUCAAGUGGCAACUCCAAGACAAAAGUGGCAAAGAUGUUGUUUGUGUAAUGUUCCCAACAAAACUCCAAUAAAUAGUACAUAUAAAAUUUAA